AUGGAUGCUGAAACCGAAGGGAGGGGAAACCCCUCCGGCCCCAGCAUGCAAACCCAGAGGCCCGUCCCCAACCCCAACGACUUUGUGCUCUGGUCCUUCUUCAACGCCAUGUUCUGCAACCCCUUCUGCCUGGGCUUCAUCGCGCUGGUCUUCUCUGUUAAGGCCAGAGACAAGAAGAUCGCCCAGGACCCAGCAGGUGCCAAAACCUUUGGGAAGACAGCCAAGCAUCUCAACAUCGCCGCGCUCUCCCUGGGCAUCCUCUCCUACAUCCUGCUCAUCGUCUUGCUGGUUGUCAUCUACGUCAACGCACUGCAGUACACCAGGGCCCGUGACUGCAAAGUGCAGGGGGACGUGGAGGGCGCCCAGCGGCACGGCAACCGCGCCAGGGUGCUGAACAUCAUCUUCACCAUCCUCAUCGCCGUCGGCGUGGUGUGUGUCAUCUCCAUCAUCUUCAUUGCCCUCUUGCAGUCGAGGGUCUGA